CUUAAAUAAAGGGGUGGUGUAUUUGCUGACGCACAGGCGACAUUGUCAGUGGAACUGCACAGGUGUCGUAUACCAUCCCGUGAAAGGUUUCCUCAAGGCCUAUUCUACGCUGAAGCGUAAACAAGCCAUGAUGCGCUUCGCAGUAGUGUUUCUGGUUAGUGUCCUGGCCCUAACAUCGGCCAGCAUCGACUUUCAGGAGUACUCCGCAGAAAUUAUCCAACGCAUCAACUCUAUGGAUACGACAUGGAAGGCUGGUCCCAAUUUUUUAGGCGAAACCCUGGAGUCAGUUAUCGCUCGUCUAGGAGUGAAGUACCCGCUUCCGGUGGAGAAGAGGCUGCCUCUGUACUUCCACGAGGACGUCAGUGACAUCCCCGUGACGUUCGACGCGCGCCAGAAGUGGCCAAAAUGCACAACUAUUUCGCUGAUCAGGGACCAGGCAGCCUGCGGCUCCUGCUGGGCUUUUGGUGCAGUGGAGGCCAUGUCGGACCGUGAGUGCAUUCACAACAACAUCCAGGUGAACAUUUCUGCCGAGGAGCUGAAUUCCUGCUGCAAGACCUGUAGCCUAGGAUGCGGUGGGGGGUUCCCUAACGCAGCUUGGGAGUUCUGGAAGACCCAUGGUCUUGUCAGCGGAGGCCUGUACAACAGCAAGAGCGGCUGCCAGCCCUACUCCAUUCCGGGCUGUGAUCACUACGAGCCCGGUCACCUGAAGCCCUGCGGACCGGUGGUCCCAACUCCACCAUGCCACCACACCUGCCGGACGGGCUACAACGUCACCUUCGACAAGGACCGGCACUUUGGAGGGAGAGUUUACAGAAUUCCCUCGAAAGUCAAGCAGAUACAGAAAGAAUUAAUGAUGAACGGACCUGUGGAGGCAGACUUCACCGUUUACGCCGACUUCCCCACCUACAGAUCCGGCGUUUACCAACACAAAACGGGAACCGCGCUCGGAGGACACGCCGUCAAGAUACUUGGAUGGGGCGUUGAGGGCGGUGUGGACUACUGGCUGGUUGCGAACUCGUGGAACCCAGACUGGGGAGACAAAGGUUACUUCAAGAUCAAGCGCGGGGAUGACGAGUGUGGCAUCGAAGACGACAUCAAUGCUGGAAUCCCAAAGAAAAUAUGAUUCUAAUUUGGAAUAAAGAACAAACACCUCUGCUUAGAAAAAGAAAUUUUAUUCUGAAUUCUGUCGGCUUAAACCACAGUAUGAAUUUUUUAAAAUUUGGUACCUCUUAUUAAAAAAUAGAGAUUUCAUUCUGGAUGUUGUCAGCUUAAACCAAAGCAUGGAUUUUAAAAUUUUGCGACGAUAUGAUUUCUGAUGGUAAGUAUUGAUCACUGAUCACCACUGGAUGUGCCCAUUUUUUCAUCACGGGGAACUAGUCGAGAGACGUGAUUUCGAUGAUGUCAAUUAAGCUCCCAAAAUAGGAACCUCCAUUAUUGUCACGGUCAUUGGAAUCGUAGCUUUAUUCUAUUAUUACUGACUUAUUAUUAUUACCUUGUAUUUCCUGCUAUGCAAAGGCGUGAAAUCUUGGCCCUGGAAGGGGUGCUUUGUACCGUUUGUGAAAGAGAUGUGCGGUUACAAGCGACCUUGGAUUGGGCAGUUGGGAUAGUCAAACACUUCUGAGGACUUACCUUUCCGCUGGUUUGGGCAUGACUAGCAAAAUGUCAAGUAAAAUGGUAUACAGAGUAAAAGGAAAUUGCAAUGAUCAAUGCGUUUAGCCUCAUCCCACCUAAAUCAAAUGCAAAAAUUUUGCUUGUCAUUAUUGAUCCCACCAAUGCAUAUCCAUCAUAAUCAGGUUCAGCGCUGUUGGCUAGUACACGCAACUUCAGCGUAGAGCAUAGAGAGUCUUUCAAACAUUAAUAAGCACGCUACCUACUUUUUACCUUGGCACUGAUGGAGUCCCUAUUCUGAAAUAGUCUAAUCACCGGUAAUUGACGGGGCCGCAUCGACACAUAAGCUUGAGACCAUGUCAGUAUAGCACAGGGUGAUUUAGGAAAAUGUUUGAAUGACCCUAUGCACAUCUGUAGUACAUCUUUUGCACAGUGCUGUCUAGAAAAUAUUAUUGCCUCUAGUAAAUUGUCACUUAAUUACUAUAAAAGCUGGCCUUGGCGAUAAAAAAGAAAAAUAAACAAAACAACAAAAUAUGAA